GAGCCCGGAGCACCGCCCCGCCAGCGCGCCCCGCCCGUGGGAGAGGAGGGGCUGCAGCGCAGCGGACCACUGGAGGCGCAGCACGGUCGCCGCCGCCGCUGUCGGUGCUGGAGAUCGCGGCUCGGUGCAGGCGGCGCCCAUGCCUCCUCUCCUCCACUAGCCCGCGCGCCAGUCCGCCUGCCGGGGCCGGCUCUCCGCCUCCUGCCUCCCGUCGCAGCCGCGCAGCCGCCGCAGAGCCCGCGGCGCCACCGCUCGCCCUCUAGUCUCUGAUCUUCACUGGCAUACUGGGUCCCUCGGAAAAGUGGAAGACAUGAAGUAUGGAUGCAUAUAAUACCCGAGGAAGUCUCAAAGGUUCUGCCACUUGCUGGGAAAACAGCAACAGAAGGAUAUUAAGGAGCCACCCCUAUAAUUUACCCAGAUAGCCCCAGCAAGGUCAAAGACAUAUCGUGUCCCAAGGAGAAAAGCUGCAGGCAUCUGAGGAUAAAUCACUGUGAAACAGCUUUGACCAUAAAGCUGACUUGGAAGACUUUGACUCCAAGGUGCAAGGUGGUUUGGACACCCUCAAUAUUGCCUGCUCUUUUCUAGUCAAACCUGAUUCAUGAAAUGGAAUGAAGCUGAAAAAUCAUCUACUUCUUUGUUUGUGGAUUUGAGAGAAGAUUGGGAUGGUCUUAAGUGCAUAAAACGAGACUCUAACUGCAGCGAUGAGUUCAGAUGAGAAGGGCAUUUCCCCUGCUCAUAAAACAUCCACUCCAACCCAUAGAAGUGCCUCCUCUUCAACAUCCUCCCAAAGGGAGAGUAGGCAGAGUAUUCACAUACUGGAGAGGACUGCUUCCUCUAGCACCGAGCCCUCUGUAAGUCGGCAAUUGCUAGAACCGGAGCCAGUCCCCCUCUCCAAGGAAGCUGACAGCUGGGAAAUUAUAGAAGGGCUGAAAAUAGGCCAAACCAAUGUCCAGAAACCAGACAAACAUGAGGGCUUUAUGCUGAAGAAAAGAAAAUGGCCUUUAAAAGGCUGGCACAAGCGUUUUUUUGUCCUGGAUAAUGGAAUGUUAAAGUAUUCAAAGGCACCACUCGAUAUUCAGAAAGGAAAGGUCCAUGGGAGCAUAGAUGUGGGACUCUCAGUCAUGUCAAUUAAAAAGAAAGCUCGAAGAAUAGACCUUGACACCGAAGAGCACAUCUAUCAUUUGAAGGUGAAAUCCCAGGACUGGUUUGAUGCAUGGGUCUGCAAACUGCGACAUCAUCGGUUGUAUCGUCAGAAUGAAAUUGUGAGAUCACCAAGAGAUGCUAGUUUUCACAUAUUUCCUUCAACGUCCACGGCUGAAUCCUCACCAGCUGCUAAUGUUUCUGUAAUGGAUGGAAAGAUGCAACCAAACAGCUUUCCGUGGCAGUCCCCUUUACCAUGCAGCAAUAGCCUCCCUGCAACGUGCACAAGUGGCCAGAGUAAAGUGGCAGCCUGGUUACAGGACUCAGAAGAGAUGGACAGGUGUGCAGAAGAUCUUGCACAUUGCCAGUCAAACCUUGUGGAACUUAGCAAACUCCUGCAAAAUUUGGAAAUACUUCAGAGAACUCAGUCAGCACCUAACUUUACUGACAUGCAGGCUAACUGUGUAGAUAUUUCAAAGAAAGACAAGCGGGUCACAAGACGAUGGAGAACAAAAAGUGUCAGCAAAGAUACAAAAAUACAACUGCAGGUUCCUUUCAGUGCUACCAUGUCACCAGUUCGCUUGCAUUCCUCCAACCCCAACCUUUGUGCGGAUAUUGAAUUUCAGACUCCCCCUAGCCACCUCACUGACCCUCUGGAAAGUUCAACAGAUUAUACAAAGCUGCAAGAAGAAUUUUGUCUAAUCGCACAGAAAGUGCAUUCUCUUUUGAAGUCUGCAUUUAAUAGCAUAGCUAUAGAGAAGGAGAAGCUGAAGCAGAUGGUUUCCGAGCAGGAUCACAGUAAAGGCCACAGCACGCAGAUGGCACGGCUCCGACAGUCACUGUCUCAGGCACUCAACCAGAAUGCUGAACUAAGGAGUCGGUUGAACAGAAUACAUUCAGAGUCUAUUAUUUGUGAUCAGGUUGUCAGUGUAAAUAUUAUUCCUAGCCCUGAUGAGGCUGGUGAGCAAAUCCAUGUCAGUCUCCCCUUAUCACAGCAAGUAGCCAAUGAGAGCCGCCUCUCCAUGUCAGAGUCUGUUUCUGAGUUCUUUGAUGCCCAAGAGGUGCUCCUCUCUGCAAGUUCGUCAGAGAAUGAGGCUUCAGAUGAUGAGUCUUACAUCAGUGAUGUGAGUGAUAAUAUAUCUGAAGACAACACCAGUGUUGCAGACAAUAUUUCUCGGCAAAUCCUGAAUGGAGAGCUUACAGGAGGGGCCUUCCGAAAUGGGCGUCGAGCAUGCCUGCCAGCUCCUUGUCCUGACACCAGUAACAUUAACCUGUGGAAUAUCUUGAGGAACAACAUUGGUAAAGACCUGUCUAAAGUCUCUAUGCCUGUGGAGCUAAACGAGCCGCUCAACACCCUGCAGCACCUCUGUGAGGAAAUGGAAUACAGCGAGCUCCUGGACAAGGCUUCGGAAACUGAUGAUCCAUAUGAGCGCAUGGUUCUCGUUGCUGCAUUUGCAGUUUCAGGAUACUGCUCCACCUAUUUCAGAGCAGGAAGUAAGCCAUUCAACCCAGUCCUUGGGGAGACUUAUGAAUGCAUUAGAGAAGACAAGGGAUUCCGCUUUUUCUCAGAACAGGUUAGCCAUCAUCCACCCAUUUCUGCCUGUCACUGUGAAUCAAAGAAUUUUGUGUUUUGGCAAGAUAUCAGAUGGAAAAACAAGUUCUGGGGGAAGUCGAUGGAAAUCCUGCCUGUUGGAACACUGAAUGUCAUGCUUCCAAAGUAUGGAGAUUACUAUGUGUGGAAUAAAGUCACCACUUGCAUACACAACAUCCUCAGUGGGAGAAGAUGGAUAGAACAUUAUGGAGAAGUAACCAUCAGAAAUACCAAAAGCAGUGUUUGCAUUUGCAAACUCACAUUUGUCAAGGUGAAUUAUUGGAAUUCUAACAUGAAUGAAGUCCAGGGGGUGGUGAUAGAUCAGGAGGGGAAGGCGGUGUACCGGCUGUUUGGAAAGUGGCAUGAAGGACUCUACUGUGGUGUGGCCCCCUCUGCAAAGUGCAUUUGGAGACCAGGUUCCAUGCCAACAAACUAUGAGCUGUACUAUGGCUUCACAAGGUUUGCUAUUGAGCUCAAUGAGUUAGAUCCAGUACUAAAAGAUCUCCUUCCACCAACAGACGCCCGGUUCCGGCCAGAUCAAAGAUUUUUGGAAGAAGGAAAUUUAGAAGCUGCAGCAUCAGAGAAGCAAAGAGUAGAGGAACUCCAGAGAUCUCGGAGACGAUAUAUGGAAGAAAACAAUCUUGAACAUAUACCAAAAUUUUUUAAAAAAGUUAUUGAUGCCAAUCAAAGAGAAGCCUGGGUUUCUAACGACACCUACUGGGAGCUUCGAAAGGACCCUGGGUUUAGCAAAGUAGACAGCCCUGUUCUUUGGUAGACUGGGAAUGUAGAGCUAGCCAACAUAUCACAUUCUGAAUGAAUAAAUAACUAUGCACAAUUAUGUUUCUUAUAGCUAUGUGUGGUUUCUGGGUCGACUGAAAACCUACCAUUUGCUUUUCUAUUCAUCUUUAUAAUGGACUUUCAGAAGUGCAUUAGACAAGGCCCCUAACCACUUUGGGAUCCUUUCUGUUUUGCUGCAACCAUAUUCCUUAAAAAAAAAAAAAAAAAAAAAAUCCACACCGUUCUUGGAAAGCAGAAUAAAAGGAGCAGAAUAUAAAAUCCAAAGUCUGACCAGUUUGUAAAGAAAAACAAAUGGUAACUGGUGCUUAAAGCUGAUCAAGAAAGUUAACAACAACAUAGAAACCACACGAUUGUUCCACUGUCUGGAAGCACCAUCCCCUAUCGCAGGACUCCUGGGCCACAAGCAGUCGGUCAGUGCAGACUUCAAGUGUGUCUGUUUGAUGUGGUGUGAUUGUGCUGGCCUUGUCGAAAAAGAUGUGAUGCUUCUCAGAACCUGUUCCAUCUGUAUGCCAUUGUUCAUGCCUUAAGAAAUGCAAAGAUGUACAAUAAAUCAUUUUUAAAAUGUGUGCUCAUA